CAUGAAGGACCUGGACAGGACUAACAGUCUUCCAGUUUUCUCAAUGACUCCUUGUUAUAAACAAAUCAGAAACAAAAAAAAAAAAAAUCAGCGACUGCGUUCCUCGAAGUGACUCACUUCCUGGGAGGGUGACGUAGGUCGACGUCACGGACAGAGGCGGGUCAUCUGGAGCCUAGAGGUGCGCACUACAGUAUAACUGACAGUUGCUCGUUUAAAUCCGGAACACCAAAAACGGUCUCAUCUGGACCGGGCAGGUCGGGCGAACAAAGAGAAGGAGUAGCUUUCACACUAAGACAGCACAACUCUGUUCGUCUUCGGAUUCGCAUUCUACGUCCUCCUCCGCGCCGGAAUCUCUUAACUGUGAGAGCGCCUGUGCUGGGGUGAAAAUGAUGACAAGGAGAACACCAGUGAUGGUCUGUUUCCACUCAGUCGUCUACAGCGCAUUGCUGAUGCUCACGCCAAUCAACAACACAACAGCUGCACCUUCCAACCAGACCUCUGCAGCUUCUCAGCGAUGCAGCCACCCACCAGUUCCAGAGCAUGGGGGCUUUCGCUGUGUGCCAUCUCCCUGUAAUGGAUUUUUCCACAAACGAAUAGUGGAAUAUUUCUGUGAGACAGGAAGGACCAUCCAGGGCAACAAAUCAGCAUUGUGUAAAAAUGGAAGGUGGAUGCCAUCGACUCCGGGCACUUGCAAUCCAGACCCCAACUAUGAAGAUAAGAACUCGGAAAGCAACCACCUCCCCACUGUGGCUACAACUGCUGUAGCCGUUUCAGUGUUCCUGUUGACGACCACCGCCUGCAUGCUGGUGAAGCCAAAAAUCCGAGCCUGCCGCUGUGAAAGGAGAUUUUCAGACCAGCAGAGCCUCAUGUUUAAUGGCUCUCCAGUCUUGCUGCCCAGCUAUGAAGUUGCCGUCUUUGGAGAGGGGGCGGGUUCAGCCUGCUCAAACCCCACCCACCACCUACAGAGAAAUCUUCUGGAAUCGACUGCAUUGGGCCCACCAUCCAAUCAGAGCCUUGAUUUGCCUCCUCCUCCUCCUUAUGAAGCCAUCGCGCCGCACCCCAUUCACGAGCAAGGCAGCAGCAUCCCAAUUUCUGCUGCCAAUGAGAAGGACACCUAGAAGGCUGCAGGACUGAGACACCUGCCUGCUUGUGGACUUUGGAACACCACCAUCUUUAUGAAAUUUGCUUUUGGAAAGAAUUGCAUGGAGUUUAAACACUGUGGACCUUAAAGAUCACAUUUUUAGUGUCAGGAAGGGAUCUGGAAAAGUUCUGGAUUUGCUUGUUAUCUGGCUAUUGGAGUGAAGGAAAACUAAUCAAAAGUAAAACAAUAAGGAGUAAAUAAGGGAUCUGAACGCAUCUAAUUUUUAAAAGACAAUCCAGGUCACUGAGCUCUGAAAAUCCUGAUUCAGCAAGAGAAUGUGUCACGAACCCAUGGAUUCCUAGCAGAUGUUAAGAACACGUGCAUUUGAGAUGGAAACCAACGAGAACUUCUUCACAUUAAAGAUGCAGGCAUCUGAAAUGAGUUACUGAGACAUGGGCUCUAACAGACAGAUUGGAACAUCUUUGCAUUUACUAAACCAAAUGCACUUGGCUUUAGGGAAGAUCUUAAAAAUUCUUUUUUUGUCAAACAAGAAACCAAAGGCAAAGGACUUGCUUUAAUGGAAGAAGACCAGGCACCUGGUCACUUUCUGCCAAAAAAACAUAAAUAAGGAGCAGACUAUGUGAGGUUGGAAAGAAUGACCAACAGCUUGUGUCACCAGUAAAUGUCCACACUCUUAACCAGGAGAGUGCGGUAAGUUGUUGAGAAUACUCAGCUCUGGUAGAACACUCUGGAAGGUGAACACCAGCACUUGUGACUUUAGACCCUGCCCUUUCCAACAUACUGCCUCAUCACAAUAAAUUUGCGGCCUAGGAAACUUUAGAAUCCAAAGUUUGCUACCGCUUUAUUUCUGACAUGAUGCAGCAGUAUGAAAGGCGCUAUACGAUGCAUUGUGAAUGCAGGAGUUCAUGCUGUUCACUCUGUUGUUUAUUCUGCUGUGGCUUGAAACUACAUGGCACAGAAACCACUUAAGUAUGGAGGGGGUUUAUGACUUUGGAGGAAAAGCACUUUAUUUAGAUUGGAGCUACUGUAGUGCAAUUUAGGUCAUGGCUAAACAUAUAUACUGUACAUUUGAUCAUAUAUGAGUGCAAUGAAUGUAUAUUUAGAGAUGGCCAGUGCCAGCUGGCUUUGAGGUUUUAAAAAAGAACUACAAUUUAAAUUGGUAUCGGUGACUUGUGGGAAACCCAGAAGAUCAUUUGUGGCCUGUAAAGUUCUGACUAAUGCACGUCACUUUCUGGUUCUGGUGGCUGUGGAAGUAUUGGAAUCAAGACAGAAAGAACAGAAAUUCCUCACCGUUUAUGCAAAUAGCAAUAAAUCAAUCAAUCUAGCAAACAAGCUAAUUAAUUACUCAGUCAAUUAAGCCCAAAAAUGAAUUGAAUGACUACCGUCUUAUCGGGUGCCCAGGUGAUUGUUGGUGAUCUCAAUUCUGGCUCAAGUGCCUUUCACAAAACAACCACGCAAGUGAGAAUUUCAGCGUACGCUGCUCAUCUCCGACUAUUGCUGUCACCAUGUGGAGUCCAGACGCGGUGGAGUUUGCCGAUUCCCAGAGCACGUCAGAUUACAUGACUGGCUAUCAUAGGGGACAUCAGAUUAGUCAACUGUAGUCAAAUACACCUUGAAUACAUUCCUUUGAAGUUAAAAGCUAAUCAAUUCACCCCAAUUAUGUAAUCAAUCUUUCAGGAUGAUCAGUUUAUUAAUUGAGGUUAAUUCAUUAUUUCAAUUCUUGUUUGAUUCGAUUGCUAAUCCAUGAGUUAAUCGAUUCAAUUUUUUAUUAACUAAUCAAGUAAGCCUCUUACAGAGGAUAAAAAUAAAAACUGUUGCUAAUCACUUAUCCCUGGAGUGUCCAACUCUGAUCCUGGAAGGCUGUGGCGGCUGCAGGUUUUCCCUUCUGCCACAUUUUUUUUCUUUAUCCGUAACCAAUUUCUGCUGUCAAUUGACUUCAUUGUAAUAGCCCUCUUUCUUAAGACUCACUCCUCUGAAUUGCUUUUUUUCUUCCUUAAAUGGCAACCAAACCAAAUGAGAUGUGAAACAGAUGACCAGCUAAUUUAGGGUCUCAAACUCCAACCAGUUUCUUAACUUGUUGUUAUUAUUUAAUUAUUUAAUUCUAUGACUUGUUGGUGCUGUCAUUCUUCCACAGCAGAUACGUCCAAAAUGAUUGAUUUUCUUUUUUCUCAAUGUUUUGUGGACCCGAGCAGAUCAACAUUACUGACACCUUCACCUUUUAUUUUCAGAUAUUGUAUAAUGGACACUGGUUAGCUGGUCAUGCACUGGCCGUUUUUUAGAUCUCAUUAUUGUUUGGUUGCUAAUUAAGUAAAAAAGAAACAAUUAAGAAGUCUGGAGUCUUAAAUCGCAAGUUGUUUAAAAUGAAAAGGCAAAGUUAAUUAGCAAAAGUGGGCAGUAAUUAAGUAAAGGUUUAAAACAGGGGUCCUCAAUCACAGUCCUGGAGGGCCGCAGUGGCUGCAGGUUUUUG